AUGGGGAAUUUAACUGAAGACGGCAGCUUCUCGCUGUCAGCGUCAUGGAUGCUUCCAUUUUGCCUAAUAAAUAUUCUUCUAUCCAUCACGGCAUCUCUGGGCAAUUUUCUUAUUUUGAUUGCCCUUCGCAAGGUAUCCGCAACUUCUCUUCAUCCGCCGACAAAACUGUUGUUCCAAUGCCUGGCGCUCUCCGAUCUUGGUGUUGGUCUCAUUUCCCAGCCACUUUUUAGCCUCUUAUUCCUGAAAUGCUGCUUCUAUGAAAAGAUGACUUGGAAUGUACUCUAUAUCGCCAACUGGUCUUCAUCCAUUAUUUUUUGUGGAGUGUCGAUGUCGACGUCAACCGCCUUAAGUGUGGACAGACUUCUUGCCCUGUUUCUUGGGCUAAGAUAUAAAAGAGCUGUAACAUUAUGUCGAAUCCGUGCCAUUAUUUGCUUGUUUUGGUUCAUUGCUGGUUCGUGUACUUUUGUAAUGUUUUAUGGCAGUUAUUAUGUUUUCCUGACCACAAUUACCACUGCGAUAGUUCUUUCUUUAGUAAUUUCACUGGUUUCCUACUCAAAGGUAUUCCUUAGACUUAGACAACAUCAGCUUUGUGUACAAGGGAAUGCUCAUGAUCGACAACCCAACGGAGGAAGAGUUCCACUGAACAUAGCACUUUACAAAAAGACGGUCGUUAGUAUAGCGAUGGUACAGGUUGCCUUGUUUGUAUGCUAUGUACCGUCAAUAAUUUCUCUUAUAACCAUACGACCGAGUGAUCAUGACAAUAGCCAUAGCACUACACUGAUCAUCGUUCGAGAGGCUGCCACCACUAUUUUUUACUUAAACUCGUCUCUUAACCCAUUUUUGUACUUUUGGAGGAUGAAAGAACUAAGACAAGUAGUGAAGGCGAUAAUCAAACGGGUUUUCUCGUGCCUUAGUUAAGUUUCAAUGCAGAGAACAUCCCGACUGGAAAUCUCGUAAACUUCUCCAAACACCCAGUAUUUGAUAUAUUUAAGAAAGAACCUUUUACUGCAACAGUUUAUAUUUCCAGGUUUGCUCGUAAAGAGAUGAAAGUUUAAUGCACAUGAUUUAUAUGAAUUUAUUAUAUAGACACGAUUGUUUUACUGGAAAAUAUACCACUCGUAAAAUUCAUAAAAACUACAUCCGGGACCCGAGUGGUUUAUUUUCCAUAAUCUCAAACGUGAGUUUAUCGAUGACGUAAUUUUGGUCAUUUCCCUCUAUUAUUUAAUCGAUGUCUUUUCGUCUAUAUAAUAAAAAGAACAUUACACGGCGGCUUGAAGAUAUGAAUUUUAUUUUCUUGUAGCAAAAACAAUAUCUUACUCACUCGCAGCGCUCAUUCGUAAAAUGUUGUUUUGCCACUCGAAAAUAAAAUUCAAUUCUUCGCGCCACUGUGUAAUAUCCUCUAUAUAAAAGAAGAGUCAGAAUGAUUUUGAGAAAGAAUUAUGUUGCUGUAUUUGCAACACAUACUACUUUACUAUAUACCGCGAUAUUAGGCAGAAAGGAGGCGAUAAUCAUCUGCUUCACUAUAAUGGAAAUUUAAUUUUGUUGCUGUGGUGAUAAUCUUAAUUGUUGAACUAUUCAUCUCUUCUGAAUAGCUGACAAGGCUUUGAAAGAGCCAGAUGUAAUAAAUAUUAGAACUUAGUUCUAAACGAGAUAUAGACAAACGUUUCGCUCAGUCGACUUGAAUUGAUAACCAGAAUUAGAAUCAGAAUCAAUAAAUAAUCUUGACAAUUCCGGUAUCCUCGGCCGUUUGUAUAGCACAAAGGCUUGUAGAUCCGAGCAAAAAAACGGAAAGAAAUUACCACCUGCUCAGAGGCAACCCAGUUAAUUAUUUAACUAAUUUAAUCCGGGACUUUUGAUCUCUCAGCCUAGUCCCUAGUUCUUGGCUCGGUCAAUACUGGACUCCACCGUGAGCUGUGACGUCACAGAAACACUUCGCGCCGACAACGCGGCAACAGAGAGGAAGCCUAGUGACUAGGCUGCUGAUCCCUGAUACUGAAAACAAAAAAUCCAUCUGGCGGUCUGGGUGGGAAUCGAAAUCAGCGCUUCCAGAUUGGAGGACUAGCUUUGUUCUUUGCACUAUGCUUAAUGCGCUUCAGUUCGCACAUAUGUACGCUAUCAUGCGAUUUUUUUUCACUUAUGAAUUGCAUCGCGUACAUGGAGCUCUAAAAGAAAGGUGUAAAUUAAACAUAACUGGACGAUCGUAUCAUGACAUUCCCAGUGGACAUCUUCGUCGGUGUGCACCACGUGAAAAUGAAAAUAUUCGGAGAUGUUCGAGCCUAGAAUACGUGAUCAUGACUCUCUAGAAUGCUGAGGUAUUCAAGGCGCACACCUCACGUGACUGGUAUACUGAAAUAUUCGGCUCGAAUACACCCGAAUAUCCUUUGUUGAUUGUUAUUCGUAGAUUUCCCAAAACGUACACUUCAACAAAUUUCAUCGGCCAGUUAUUGAUAGUAACAAUUUGUCCGUUGAUUAUAAGAUCACCAAGCUGGAGAUCCCCUAGGGCCAAUGAACUCAGGAGAAACUGUUCACCGAUUGGGCACAAUAAUACAAAGAAUUUUUUGUGCCUAAUCAGGAGCCACCAAUCGCUUGACCGUUUGGAAAUAGUCCGGUGAGAGUCGGUACCCGGGGGCGUUUCCGUCCGUGCUUGAAAACUUUCGUCGCGCCUUUUCUCCCGGCCCGACUGACCGUCCCUGGGUCUCCGAGGAUGCUAGCACGUAGGUCAUCUAUCAAACAGAUGGUUUUGGUAAUUUUAGGAACAAUUUAAUUAUUUACUUCCUCUUCAGCUGGUAUUGUUCCGAAAUAAGAUUGUUCGUCAAGGUCAGUACGUCAAAUAAAGUAGUUAACAAAGGGAAGUUGAAGAUACUUAUCAGCAAUGUUUAGGUUUCUAACAAAUAAUUUUCAUGGAAGAAUUAUGGGGGUAUCUUUAUCGCCCUUCCACAAAUUAGUUAAUAUAUAUAACUACCUGUUAUUAUUCUCCUGGGGUAAAUUUUACUACUUAAUAUUUUUAAAACCAAGUGUCAACAUCCAAAUGAAAUAACAACAUAUUUUCCCUUUCGUCUAAUGAGACUUGGUCAUGGAAUUUGGAGAGUUCCUAUUAAAAAAAAUAUCCAUUUAACAAGACGAACUUCUUGUAUUUUGCUGUGCACGUUUCAGAAAAAAAUACUCUCUUUUCAGCUGCGCUUGUUCCUAAUUGAACAUGAUAUGUUGAUUCAGUAAAUUGACUGGAAAUUUAAAGUUUGCUCGACUAAAACUACGCUCUUCGACGUGAUGAAUGUACUGAUAGCCAAGUCAAACAAACGAUAUUCAUUCAUUUGUAUGACAUAAUAACCCUGGUAUAGCAGUAAAGAUCAUUUUUAAGGCAGAUCUUAUUGGGGAAGCGCGCAGUCAGAGCAAGGCACCUCUACUUUAAUUCAAUAAAAGCUCGUGAAAUGGCGAAUGUGACAGCAGAAGGUGGAAACGCCACUUUUUGUAAGACAUGGAGUUCCCUGGAAAUAGCUGGAAUUAUGAUCGCGGCUGUGAAUAUUCUUCUUUCCAUCACAGCAUCUCUGGGGAACAUUCUAAUCCUGAUUGGCCUUCGCAACGUAUCUUCCCUUCAUCCACCAACAAAACUGAUGUUUCAAUGCCUGGCGAUCGCUGAUCUUGGCGUUGGUCUUAUUCCGCAGCCACAAAUGGUCAGUAAGCAACUGAACGUUUACAAACAUGUGGACUCUUCUUGCGCAAGUUUUGGGAUUAUUUUUUGUGGAGUAUCGUUUUUCACAGUAACUGCCCUUAGUGUGAACAGACUACUCGCCCUAUUGCUGGGAUUAAGGUACAGACACGUAGUGACACUGAGACGAGUCCGUGCAGUUAUUGCUUGUUCUUGGUUUACUACUUUUUUGCUUGUGUUGGUCUGGAAAUUGAGAACAAAUACUGCCAAUAUUAUAAUAAUCAUUUUAAUAACGCUUUCUCUCAUUAUCUCGCUGUUCUCUUACACGAGGAUCGUCCUUAGACUUCGGCACCAUCAGUCCAGUGUACGAGAUAAUGUCCAGCAAGGACAAGCGAACAUAGGAGGAAUUUCAUUGAACUUAGAACGAUAUAAAAGGACUGUUGUAAGCAUAGCUUUGGUGCAGUUGGCAUUAGUUAUAUGCUAUGUUCCAUUUCUUUCUUUUCUUAUAGUAGAACAUCUGCAUGUCUUUCCCCUUACGGCUAGCCUUUAUCCGGGCCUUCGAGACUCAACCGCAACUCUCCUUUUCCUUAACUCGUCUUUAAACCCGUUCCUGUACUGCUGGAGGAUCAAAGAACUAAGACAAGCAGUGAAGGCCACAAUCAAAAGGUUUUGCACAUGUAUAAGUUGA